AUGCGAUAUAUCAAGUGGCAAGAUCGAGCGAUUGAGAGUACUUAUGUUUUGUCCCGGUCAUGCCGCAAUAAGAUAUUGGUGAUGCAUAAAGCAGCCAUCUACUAUCCGUAUGCUGCACAAUUACCGGCAAUUCCGUCAACGCUCAAUCCAGAUGAGGAUCGAGAAAAUGCACUGAAAUCAGAUAUGGCCUACAGCAAGUGUUUAUGUUGCAAUAGUGACUUGCGCUACCCGGAAACAGCGGCAAAGUUCAAGUGCUCCGUGUGUGAUACGAUCAAUGACUUGAAACCGCAUUUGCUUAGGCAAGAAGGGAGACAGAUUUCGUCGGCUCUUACUCUCAAGCAGCUGAAGCGUGUCGUUGCAGAGUGCAAACGAAAUAAGAAGGCUGCCAAAGAAGUCGGCAAUAGCACACCUGAAACUCACGAGUCCGCUCAAUUUUUUGAGCCUGUGGGAACCUUGAUAGACACUGUAUUCGGCAACUGGUAUAAUCUUAACAACAGCUUUAGCAAUGGUUAUGACGUAUCUUUGAAAGAAUGUGGCCUCGCUUUUGAUGAUAUACAAUGUGCAUACCGGAUUUUGUUGAACCUGGCAAGUCAAAUCGUUCUCGAUGUCUCCUUCCAUGUCGAUAUAGUGCGGAGAUUAAUGACCGCCAUCGAAAAGCUGCUUAAACGUCCUGGGAUUCCCUUGCGAAGGAUAAGCGAUAUACGCUUCUUGCUUAUCAUCCUGGAAAACCCUCUUUUAACCCAGCACAAAUUUCCCAUGGAAGCGAAAUAUCAUCAUCACCUACUCAAGCGUAUAUAUGGUAUUCUCAGCUGUCUCAACAAUGAAUGCCAUCAUGCACUCGUAAACUGGCUCACAACAUAUCCAACGUUUGAAAAUCAUAUUGAUCUCGUUCACACUUUUAUCAAUUACCGAAUUCAGCGCUGCAGAAAACGCCCGAAACAGGGUUCAAUAACUGCGUACGCAACUGACUGGAAAUUAGCCAGUGCGGCGCGUAUUAUGGCUUUAUUAUUUGCUGCUAACACGCAAUCCCCUAAAAUGCCCCUGUUUAAAUUUUAUAAUAUCAUGAUCGAUACUGUUGACCUUUUAGCAGAUUAUGAAUCAUGGCAAUCUCGCACUGCUAAAUUUGCUUUCUGUCAAUAUCCCUUCUUGAUCAGCAUGGGAGCCAAAGUCCAAAUCAUGGAAUCCGACGCCAAGCAGCAAAUGGAAAUUAAGAGGCGCGAAGCGAUCUACAACAUGUUGGUUUAUCAGAAGCCAUCCUCGCCUUAUCUGACCUUGCAUAUACGGCGAGACCACCUCAUCGAAGAUUCCUUGCACCAGUUAGCGGAAAACAAACUGGAUCUGAAAAAAUCGUUGCGUAUCGAGUUUGUGGAUGAAGAGGGCGUCGACGCUGGAGGACUGCGAAAGGAAUGGUUUCUAUUACUCGUACGGUCAUUGUUCGAUUCGCAAUACGGCAUGUUCACUUACGACGAAGAGUCCAAUCUAUGUUGGUUCAAUCCCGCCAGUUUCGAAAAUGAGGAUCAGUUCUUUCUUGUGGGAACCGUGCUGGGACUGGCGCUUUAUAACUCCAUUAUUCUGGAUAUUCACUUACCAACGGCGUGUUAUAAAAAGUUGCUGAACCAAGAAGUAGGUCUCACUGAUCUCGGCGUCUUUCGACCUUCUCUAGUACAUGGUUUUCAGCAGCUGAUGGCCUUCGAGGGGAACGUGGAAGAUGACAUUUGCAGAUCCUUUGUUGCCGAACUGGAUGUGUUUGGAGAGCGCCAAAUUGUGCCGCUCGUACCGAAUGGAAAGUUCCGCGUGGUCAAUAAUAGUAAUCGGCAAGAGUUUGUAGAUUUGUUUGUGGACUUUAUCUUGAAUCGGAGUAUCGAACGACAAUUUAAUGCAUUUAAGGAAGGAUUCUACCACGUCUGUGGCGGCAAUGCAUUAUCGUUAUUCCGACCCGAAGAAAUUGAGUUACUUAUUCGCGGGGCCGAUUUACCGUUGCAAAUGAACGAAUUACGGAACCAGACCGAUUAUCACGGUUUUGAUGAGAAUGAAGACACGAUCCAGAAUUUUUGGAGUAUCAUGGAAGAAAUGCUGCCGGAAUUGCAAAGAAAACUGUUGAUGUUUGUCACAGGAAGCGAUCGUAUACCUGCGACAGGUACCAAGCAAAUGCGGCUUCAGAUAACAUGUGGCGGCGAGGACUGUGACAGAUUACCAUCGGCUCACACUUGUUUCAAUCAACUAAUACUGUACAAAUAUGCGAACAAAGCCAAACUUCAGCGACUGCUGGAGAUCGCUAUUCAAGAAAGUCAGGGCUUUUACGUGAAGUAG